CUUCUCAUGGUUAGCGGUGCUCGGGUCCAAGAGCAACAUGGCGGCGUCCGUGAGGGGCUAGUUUUGAGGCAGGAUAGUAUUUGGUGUCGCUGUCUUGGGUGACAGUGACCGAGUGGAACUUUUCCUGACAACAUAACUUAAGGAAUUGUGUUCUGAUAGGCGUCUGGAUUUAGUGACUGGCUGGCCUCUGGCGUCCUCACUAAGGAGCGGAUUCCUGAGCACUGAGCAGGAUGAGCAACAUCUACAUCCAGGAGCCUCCCACGAACGGGAAGGUUUUAUUGAAAACUACAGCUGGAGAUAUUGACAUAGAGUUGUGGUCAAAAGAAGCACCUAAAGCGUGCAGAAAUUUCAUUCAGCUUUGUUUGGAAGCUUAUUAUGACAACACCAUUUUUCAUAGAGUUGUACCUGGUUUUAUAGUCCAAGGGGGAGAUCCUACCGGCACAGGGACUGGCGGAGAGUCUAUCUAUGGAGCCCCAUUCAAAGAUGAAUUUCACUCACGGUUGCGUUUUAAUCGGAGAGGACUGGUUGCCAUGGCAAAUGCUGGUCCUCAUGAUAAUGGCAGCCAGUUUUUCUUUACACUGGGUCGAGCAGAUGAACUUAAUAAUAAGCAUACCAUCUUUGGAAAGGUUACAGGGGACACGGUAUAUAACAUGCUGCGACUCACAGAAGUAGACAUUGAUGAUGACGAAAGACCACGUAAUCCACACAAAAUCAAAAGCUGUGAGGUUUUGUUUAAUCCUUUUGAUGACAUCAUUCCAAGGGAAAUUAAAAAGCCCAAAAAAGAGAAACCAGAAGAAGAAGUAAAGAAAUUGAAACCCAAAGGCACAAAAAAUUUUAGUUUACUUUCAUUUGGAGAAGAAGCUGAGGAAGAAGAGGAGGAAGUAAAUCGAGUUAGUCAGAGCAUGAAGGGGAAAAGCAAAAGCAGUCAUGACCUGCUUAAGAAUGACCCGCAUCUCAGUUCUGUUCCAGCUGUUGAAAGUGAAAAAGGUGAUGCAACAGGAGAUUUAGAUGAUGAUGGAGAUGAAAGUGCUGAGCAUGAUGAAUACAUUGAUGGUGAUGAAAAAAACCUGAUGAGAGAAAGAAUUGCAAAAAAGUUAAAAAAGGACACAAAUGCAAAUGUGAAAUCAACUGGAGAGGGAGAAGUGGAGAAGAAAUCAGUCAGCCGCAGUGAAGAGCUCAGAAAAGAAGCAAGACAAUUAAAGCGAGAACUCUUAGCAGCAAAACAAAAAAAAGUAGAAAAUGCAUCAAAAGCAGAGAAAAAAAAUGAAGAGGAAGAAGCUAUUCCAGAUGGUGCUGUUGCAGAAUAUAGAAGAGAAAAGCAAAAGUAUGAAGCUUUGAGGAAGCAACAGGCAAAAAAGGGAACUUCCCGGGAAGACCAGACCCUUGCGCUACUGAACCAGUUUAAAUCUAAACUCACUCAAGCAAUUGCUGAAACUCCUGAAAAUGACAUUUCCGAAACAGAAGUAGAAGAUGAUGAAGGAUGGAUGUCACAUGUACUUCAGUUUGAGGAUAAAAGCAGAAAAGUAAAAGAUGCAAGCAUGCAAGACUCAGACACAUUUGAAAUCUAUGAUCCUCGGAAUCCAGUGAAUAAAAGAAGAAGGGAAGAAAGCAAAAAGCUGAUGAGAGAGAAAAAAGAAAGAAGAUAAAAUGAGAGUAAUGAUAACCAGAACAUGCUGGAAAGGUACCUGCAAUAAAUGGCCUUGUAGUGGCCAUUGUUCCCAACAGCAUCAAUUAGGGGUGUGAAAGUAUUUUUGAACCUAUUGUCUGGUUUUAGAAAAGGAUUAUCUUGUUUGGUAAAUUGUGGAAUGAUGUAAGCAAAUGUUUUUGGUUACUGGUACAUGCUUUUUUCCUAAUUGACCUUUUAUAUUGUUAAAUCUGAAAUAAAAUCUGUUUCUUUCCAGUUUAUACCUUAAGCAUUUGCAAACUGUACAAACUUGUUUAAACCCUUUUUCCCUGAAAUAUGUGAAGGCUUUCUCUUCAAGAUUUUUUUUUUAUAAGAAUUUCUUGCAGAAAAAAUAUUUGAGGGAAACCUCCCUGGCCCUAACAUUGGAAUAUAACUUAAAAACUGUAAAAUAUAAUAAAAAUAAUAUAAAUAUCA